UGUUAAAGCAAAGAAUAAACCUGCAGGGCAAUGUUUAAUGAAAGUGAGAGAGACCCAGAAAGAAGCUGGAGGAACAAUCUGUUUACUCCUUUCAUGCGGGAAUGCACAUAUACUUUGCACCAGUGGCUAAGAAAUCCAAAAGAAAACCACAGAACAUGGCAAAGCAACAAAAGCGUCACCUCCACAGCUUGCAAAGUUCAUGCAGCCACUGGCCUACAAAAACCCCACUCUUCGUCGAACUCAGAUCACAUGCCAAGCCCAAACGGAAGAGAGAAUUCGGACUUUUCCUUGCUGAGUUGCUCGUCUGUUCUACUUCUUCGAUGGCAAUUCCUCUGUUGAGAUUAGAUCGCCAAAUGAAGAGAGUUUUUCGAGUGAUGGUGGUCUUGCUCUGGGUGACGAUGCUGGCGCGACGGAGCGAAGAAUACGAGUUUACCGUUGGAGAUGCCCAGGGUUGGACUGUCCCUGCUAAUUCCAGUGCAAAAGCCUUGAAUCGGUGGGCAGAAAGAAGCCGUUUCCAAAUUGGAGACUCUCUAGUGUUUGUCUACCCGCCCGGCCAAGACUCAGUGCUAUACGUGAACCACGACGACUACAACAAUUGCAAUGACGGGUCGCCUAUGGAAAAAUAUGUCGAUGGCCACACGGUGUUCAAGUUCAACCAUUCAGGACCAUUUUACUUCAUAAGCGGAAACAAAGACAACUGCCACAAGAAUGAGAAGCUGGAGGUGGUUGUGAUGGCUGACAGGAGCAACAAGACCAGCAGCACAGUUUCACCGCCCCCAUCGGGAAAUAAUGGCACUGCCCCGUCCCCGGCUCCUUCUGGUGAGGAGUCUCCUCCUUCACCGGCUGGUAUGGCUCCGGCUCCCGCCAGCCAAACAAAGAAGAGCGGUGCUGCUUCAGUGUUUGUCGGUUUCACUGGCUCUAUUGGAGCAUUUGUUGCUUCAUCUCUACUUCUGACAUUCUAGGCGGAGGAUUGGGAAUUACGAUAAUGGGUUGAAUUUGCAGUGUCCAUCUGAGUUGCCUUCUUUUGCUCUUUUUAUCACCCCAGUUUCUUCUCUGUGAUUUUUCUCACUUCAAGCUCAGCUACUUCAUCUGGGCAAGGUGGAGCGGCAUCCGACAUUUGUUAUUUGAGGAAUUUGUAUUGGUUUACAUAUCACAAGUGUGUAAGUUGUGUUUUCACCGUAUGAGAACAAUGUAGAUGUGGAACAUAAAUAAAUCCCAUGGGCUUCUGGCAA